AUGCUCAAGCGUGUUGAUCCAACGAAUCCGGUGUUAAUGGAGUAUCUGGUAUUGAUUAAUCCGAAUGAAAAAAUAGGUGUAUUGUUGGCUAACAUAGAUGAAGGUUCUUCAAAGAAAUCUCAAAGAUCAAAGAAGGAUGAUAAGUCUACUCUUGAGAUAAAUGUGCAAGACCAAACAGUUACGAAAUCUUCAAAGAAACAAUCUAAGGUGGUUGUGACAGUUUCAACAACUGUUACUAAGCUUGUUGAUCCUGAAGUAGUUGAACCACUUACAGAAACCAUUCCUUCGAAAUCUGGGGUUGUUAUUCAUGAAGUUCAAGCCCCAGUUUCUCCUUCUUCCAAGAAACGAAGGGCUGAAGAUAUUGCAAAACAUAUUUCCAAGAAAAUUAAAAAGCUAAAGUUGGUUAUUCAAAAGGUACACUCAGAAGAAGAAGAAUUUCCCAAAACUCCCGAAGCAAUUCUUUCAAUGCAAAAUUCGACUCCUAAGCAGACUCCAGUCAUACCACCCGAGGUUUCGUUAACCAAUCAUAUACUGAGGAGGGGUUUGGAGGAUCUUUUGGUGAUAUUGAAUUUUGAUCCCGAAGAAGAAGAUAUUCCAGAUCAUAUGUUAAUGUCAGGGAAGCAAUUCAAGAUUCUAAGCAAGAAGCUCAAUUCUAUUCUUAAAUCUCAAGCAGAUGCAGGGGGUAGGAAUUUUGUUUCAAGUAUCGAAGUUGAUGUGAUACUCAAAGCACAAGAAGCUCGAUUAUUCAACAAACUAUCUAGCAUGAUUCAAGAGUUUGAAUCUUGA